GAGUCACCAUCUGAGGGGACGACCCGCUCGCCAACUCGUGGAUGGAUGGACAGAUGGACACAUAGAGAGAGGGGGGGACACAGUGAAAGAGAGGGAGAGACUUGGUGUCCUUAACGCACAUUACGCAGAUGGUUUCCCGUGCGUCCUGGAGCGUGCAGAGGACUAAAUGACUGUUUGUGUGUAACUUUUUGUUUCUAAAUGUUUCACUUGGACUCCAGUUUGGUGACUUCUUCCUCUGUGCGUCUGCUCUGACUGCUUGGUACUAAAUGUUUAAGGAGCAGGGGUUUAUUUCAUGGUAACCGUUAGUUUCUCGGUGCAUCAGUGACUCUUACCCGUAGGCGAACAUGUCGGGACAGAAACCGGCCCUAAAGAGCGGCGAGAGCCGCUUCCAGGUGGACGCGGUGACGGAAGCGUCCUCCGCGGCUGCGGCCUCCGCCGAUGGAUCCAAGCCGCCCGAGGAGUCCAAAGGCCGGUUCAGGGUGGUGGGGUUCCUGGAUUCUGGCGCGCUGGGCAGCGCGAUGGACAUCGGUCUCCCGCCGGAUGUCUCCCACGAUCCGGACCAGGCGAGGAGCGACUCGGUCAGCCUCCAUUCAACGGGCACGGGACACACGCACAUCUCCGACAGCCACUCCAACACCUACUACAUGAGGACCUUCGGUCACAACACCAUCGACGCGGUGCCCAACAUCGACUUCUACCGCCACACCGCUGCCACUCUCGGGGAGAAGCUGAUCAGACCGUCGCUGUCGGAGCUGCACGAUGAACUCGAUAAAGAUCCGUUUGAGGACGGUCUGGCCAAUGGAGAGGAGCCAUCGGCGGCUGAGGAGGCGGCGGCAAAGAUGGCGGCAAAGGAGGCGAAAGGAGGAACCGUCAAGUUCGGUUGGGUCAAGGGAGUCUUGAUCCGCUGCAUGCUGAAUAUCUGGGGUGUGAUGCUCUUCAUCAGAAUGUCCUGGAUCGUUGGACAGGCUGGAAUCGGACUGACCAUUGCGAUCAUUCUGAUGGCCACUGUGGUCACCACCAUCACUGGUCUGUCUACUUCUGCCAUAGCGACCAACGGCUUCGUACGAGGAGGAGGAGCGUACUACCUGAUCUCCAGGAGCCUGGGGCCGGAGUUCGGAGGCUCCAUCGGCCUCAUCUUUGCCUUCGCCAACGCCGUGGCCGUGGCCAUGUACGUGGUGGGCUUCGCAGAGACAGUCGUUGAGAUGCUCAAUGAUGUUGACGCUCUGAUGACCGAUGAGCUCAACGACAUUCGCAUCGUCGGGACUCUGACCGUCAUCCUGCUGCUGGGAAUCUCUGUAGCUGGGAUGGAGUGGGAAGCCAAGGCUCAGAUUGUCCUGCUGGUGAUCCUGUUGGCAGCCAUCGCUAACUACUUCAUAGGAAGCUUCAUUUCCAUAGAGAGCAAAGAGCCCAAAGGAUUCUUCGGCUACCACUCCGCCAUCUUCUUAGAGAACCUGGGUCCAGCCUUCAGAGAGGAGGAGACGUUCUUCUCGAUGUUUGCCAUUUUCUUUCCUGCGGCCACCGGGAUCCUCGCCGGAGCCAACAUCUCUGGAGACCUCACGGAUCCUCAGUCAGCGAUCCCUAAAGGUACCCUGCUGGCCAUCGUCAUCACAGGAAUCACCUACGUGGCUAUCACCAUCUCUGCAGGCUCCUGCAUCGUCCGGGACGCCACCGGAGACCACAACGACACGGUGAGCGACACGGUGAACUGCACCGACGCCGCCUGCACGCUAGGCUACGACUUCUCCAUCUGCAAGGAGGGAGGCUGUCAGUACGGCCUGAUGAACGACUUCCAGGUAACAGACACACUCGGCUCAGAAAACCUUCAUGAUGUGGACGGGAUUAGAGUUGUUCCGAUGCAUCAGAAAUGCCUCCAGUGGACCGGGUAUCGCCGGGUAUGCACGUGUUUCUCUCAAUAUGAAGUCUCAAAAGAUUCCGUCCUGCUCUGCUGCCUUUGUUUAUUCUACGUCACAGACUCUGAACGUCGUCACCUCAUCUCCACAGCUAUAACUAUGUGUGUGUGUGUGUGUGUGUGUGUGUGUUUCCUGUUAGAUGUGAACUGGGGUUCGUCCACUCAGGCUCUGAUCUACAACCAGGCUCUGACUCACUGUGUGAACCUCACCGGCGUCGAGGACCACGUCAAAAACUUCAGGCCGCAGUGUUUGGUGUUGGCUGGUUAUCCAAACUCUCGUCCCGCUCUGCUUCAGCUGGUUCAUUCUUUCACCAAGAACGUCGGCCUCAUGGUCUGCGCCCACGUCAGGACGGUGACCCGUCGGCCCAACUUGAAGGAGUUGUCUCAGGAACACGCCCGCUGUCAGCGCUGGCUCAAUAAGAAACGGCUGAAGGCCUUUUACACCCACGUGUUCUCUGACAACCUGAGGCACGGGGCGCAGUUCCUCAUGCAGGCUGUGGGUUUGGGCCGUCUGAAGCCCAACACGUUGGUCAUGGGUUUCAAGAACAACUGGAGUGACGGAGACAUGCGAGAUGUGGAGAUCUACAUCAACACGAUACACGACGCCUUCGACCUGCAGUUCGGAGUGGUGAUCCUUCGUCUGCAGGACGGACUGGAUGUCUCUCACAUCCAGGGACAAGACGAAAUCCUGUCGUCCCAUGAGAAGCCCCUGGCUGGCGGUCAGGAGGUGGUGGUCUCUGUCAUUCUGACCAAAGACUCCGACUCUGAUUCCUCUCCUUCUAAAACCACCAGCAGCCAGAGCAGCCCGCUCAUCAUGAGAGCUACAGAGACCAAGUCUCCUCUGAGUCUGGCCGACCAGCGUCUGCUGGAGACGAGUCAGCAGUUCAAGAAGAAACAGGGCAAAGGAACCAUCGACGUCUGGUGGCUGUUUGAUGAUGGAGGUCUGACUCUGCUGAUCCCCUUCCUGCUGACCAACCGGAGCAAAUGGGGCGACUGCAGGAUCCGCGUCUUCAUCGGCGGGAAGAUCAACCGCAUCGACCACGACCGCCGAGCCAUGGCCACGCUGCUCAGCAGGUUCAGGAUCGACUACUCUGACAUCCACGUCCUCGGAGACAUCAACACCAAACCCAAGAAACACAACAAGCUGAGCUUCAAGGAGCUCAUUGAGCCGUACAGGCUGAAGGAGGACGACAUGGAGCAGGAGGCUGCAGAGAGGCUGAAGGCCCAGGAGCCCUGGAGGAUCACCGACAACGAGCUGGAGCUCUACAGGGCCAAGAACAACCGUCAGAUCCGACUGAACGAGCUGCUGAAGGAACACUCGAGCGCGGCGAAGCUCAUUGUCAUGAGCAUGCCUCUGGCCAGGAAGGGCACGGUGUCCAGCGCCCUCUACAUGUGCUGGCUGGAGACUCUGUCCAAAGACGCCCCCCCUCUGCUGCUGGUCCGAGGAAACCACCAGAGUGUCCUCACCUUCUACUCCUAACACACACACACACACACACACACACACACACACACACACACACACACACACACACAGAUCUGAUUCUGUGUUUCUAUCCGGCUUCAUUUGAGUCUCAUUAAUAAAUUAAACAUUUAAACGUCUGUUUCUUUUAUCUCCAACAAUAACCGGCUGUAUAUUAUUUGUCUUCCGUGUGUUUUUAUUGUGAACUUCAGUAAAUAUUAACUUAUUUUAUUGUUUAUUUCUUUUGAAAUGUCUGAAAUGUUUUCAAAUGUUUGCUGGUAUUCAGGUGACUGUGAAGCGGUCGAGAUUAUUUUAUUAAAAUAUUAACGAAACCGCA